AUGGCUACCUCGCCUUCUUCCUUCCUUCUCGCCUUCGAGGGCUCUGUACACUCCAAGGCAGUUCGAUGCGUGUGCGUCGUCCCCACAAAUCCCCGCUCUGCCUCUGUCAAGGCGUCCUUUGAGAUUGUGUCGGGAAGUCUCGACAGUUCCGUGGUGGUGUGGUCUCCCGAGGAGGCUCCUCAGGGUGGAGAGGGCGAAUCCUCGCCGAGAACCGUUUUCAAGUCACGUCUGUGUCUCCAUCACCACACGGACUUUGUAUACUCUGUCGCUCCUUGUCAUUCCGAUCCAACUGUCUCGUCCUUCUUCUCGGGGGGAAAAGACAAACGCGCAGUGCGCAUUGCCCUAGACAAUGGCCGCGUUCUCAUGGAAUACAAACAAGCGUCUCCGUGUCUCCUCUUUUUGCUUUCAUCUGCGUCUCGCGCCUCUACAGACGCCCAUCAGGACAUCAUUCGGGCUCUCGAUCUCCUGGCUCUGGCGGCCUCGUCCUCGAGUCCUCCGCAUGCGACGGUUCUUUCGGCCUCGAACGAUCAACUCGUGAAAGCGUGGCGACUCGACGGCACGCCGCUGGGCGAGUUCGAAGGCCACGGGGCGUUCGUCUUUGAUGUGACGGCGAGUCGCCUGCAGCCAAAUACGUUCCUCACGGCAUCCGAUGACUGCACAUGCAAAGUGUGGUUGGUUGAAGGCUCGGAAGUCGACAAGGCCCUCACAGGCCGCGCGAUCCAAACGCUUCUGCAUGCAGCGACUGUCUGGCGAGUCGCCGAACUUCCGACAGGGGAUAUUGUCACAUGCUGCGAAGAUGGGAAACUGAGGGUAUGGACACGGGAUGAGAAUCGGGCCCUCCCUGAGGCUGAACGGAUGAAGCAGGAGCACGAGGCACAGGAAGCUCAAGCGGCCGCCGCGGCAAAAGGCGAAUCUUCGAUUGACGUCUCCUCUCUCCCGGAUGUCUCCCAAAUGGCUUCGCUUCGCGGGAAAAUCGGCGAGAUGAAGAUGUUUCGCGAGGGGGAUUUAGCCACUGUCUACACGUGGCAAGGCACAGGCUGGGAGCGAGUCGGCGAAGUGGUUGGAGCAGCCAAGCAAAAAACGCACUACGAGGGCGACGCGUACUUCGAAGCGGGAGAGUACGAUCACGUUUUCAAGGUUGAAAUUGGAGAAGGCGGCGCCUACAAACCUCUUCCCUUCAGAAUGUCAGACAACCCGCUGGUUGCCGCCGAGAAGUUUUGCGUUCGCGAAGGCAUCAACAAGAGCUGCCUUGAACAAAUCACCAGCUUCAUUCGCCGCAACACCGGCACCUCUUUUUCCUCUUCUUCCUCAUCUUCUUCAUCCUCUUCUUCCUCUUCUUCGUCGCUGCGCCCCGGGGCGCCGAGCCAGGUGGGCGUGUUCGACGCAGCUGUCGCGAGCAAGGUCGCGCCGCUUAUGGAAGUCUUCACAUUUGCCAAGGGAAACUUUGAAGGAGCUAGCAAGAAAAUCCUGGAAUUCGAUGCACAGUUCCCUGCCGACUCCCCGGAGCGUUUGACAGCACUGGAGACGCAGUACCUGCUCGACGCUCUGGAGAAAAUCAAAUCACCGAGUUUCAUGAAGCAGGGCUUUCGGGCGUGCGAGAUUGAUGUUCUUUUCGAGAAACUGGCGACGUGGCCGAGCAGCAAGGCGAUGCCUGUGAUGGACAUUUGGCGAAUCAUGGCGCUUCAUCCCCAGUACCAUUUGGUUCACAAGAAAACGGGUGACCAAGGGUGGAUGACGGUUAUUGUCGCUCUUCGGCACUUGAAGGACGCAUGCACGAGCGAAACGGACGAAUCGCCCUUGAUGCUCUGCUGUCUCCGCUUCCUCGCGAACCUCAUGGACCUGACAACGAAUCGAACAGUCAUGCUUCGCCAUUCUGCCGUAAUCCUGGAGAGCGUUGCUUCCGAUCGCAUUCUGAAGAGCCCCAACAAGAAUGUUCGCCUCACCGCUGCCUCGCUCUUGGCGAAUUUUUCUGUGGCCUUUGCCAACAAAGAAGAAAAGGAAGCUCGCCUCAAGCUUCUUAAAUUGCUUCGCGGCGUGAUGGAGAGUGAACGAGAUCUGGAUAUUUACUACCGGUGUCUCGUAGCUCUCCUGACCACCCUGGUUACGCCUCCUCAACCUCAGCAGCGGAGACUGCUCAUCGACGAAUGCCAAGCGAUUGAUAUGGCGGGCGCCUUGCCUCCUCUCAAUCAAAAUAUCCCUGCUGAAGGCCGAAUUGGAGACGCUGCGCAAGAUGUGUUGCUUCUUCUCGAGUAA